UUGUGGCGCUUUGGUGACGUCACGCGCUUUGUCGGCGACGCUUUUUCCGCCUUCGUUUGUGUUUCGUCGAGGUUGUUUGACGGGAGAAAAUGGCAGCCGCCCCUCGUUCCGUAUCUUCCAACACAUCCACAAAUAAUGAUGGCAUUCUCAUCGGCGAUAAGGUUUAUUCGGAGGUGUACCUGACCAUCGAUAACUCCCUUAUACCAGAAGAAAGGCUUUCUCCAACGCCAUCGAUGCUCGACGGCCUCGACCUUAACACGGAAACCGACCUUCGCAUUCUCGGCUGUGAGCUAAUCCAGUCUGCCGGCAUUCUACUACGUCUACCACAGGUGGCGAUGGCAACAGGGCAGGUGCUCUUUCACCGGUUCUUUUACUCCAAAUCUUUCGUCAAACAUAGUUUUGAGAUUGUUGCUAUGGCUUGUGUUACGUUGGCCUCCAAAAUUGAAGAAGCGCCCCGGCGAAUUAGAGAUGUCAUCAAUGUUUUCCACCAUCUCCGGCAGCUCAGAGGCAAAAAGACUCCAAGUUCAUUGAUACUUGAUCAGAAUUACAUAAAUACCAAAAACCAAGUCAUCAAAGCUGAGCGGCGGGUCCUGAAGGAGCUGGGAUUCUGUGUGCAUGUCAAGCAUCCGCACAAGAUUAUUGUUAUAUAUAUUCAAGUCCUGGAGUGUGACAAGAAUGUAACAUUGGUCCAGACUGCCUGGGUAGUCCGUGCUGGUAAGUCACAUACAGAACCUCUGAACUCUGCCUUCUUCAACCACAUGACCUCAGGAAGCUCCCCCCAUUGGCUGGCUGCCCUUCUCCAGACAGCCAAUCCCAAUGCUGAGAUUCACUGAAGGGGGAGGGUGAACCUUUCUCAACAGCCAACCUCAUCUUGUUUUCUCUUGGGUGUCCAAAAAGGAUUUGUAUUGUUUUGGUCUUGCUACCAAAGUUUAAGUUGUAAUACUUGAUUCUACAAGUAGGUACAAAUGUGUUCUAAAGUUUUUUUUUUGUUUUUUUUUUCUAAUUUCCUUGCCUGUAGUUUAAAGUAAUUUUAGCCAGACCAGAGUAAUAUUUUAACUAGUUAGCUGUUUAAAAAAAUAUACUAUAGUAUACUGUGUCUUGUCCCCAACUGAUGUGGUGUCCAGACAUGUCUGUCUUACAGGCUGAUCCAGUUCUCAGGUUUUACCUCCAAGGACCUGUCUCAUCCACAAAGCAGUCAGAACCCAGUGUUCAUGCAUUGUGUAUUAACCUGACAGGGCCCAUUCACAGUAAACUGUCACAUUGUACAGCAGGUGGUGGGGAAGUCUCGACCAGGCGUAGUCCACGUGUGGAACAGGUUUUCAAUAAUUACCUGUGCCCAAAUGUUAGAUGUUUGGAAUGAUUAAAAGGGAGCAAUUUGUAGAUUCUCAAUUAUGUGGAAUUUAAGAUCAAAGUGUGAGGUACAUUUCAGUAAGUGGUCGGUCGGAGCUGUCGUCUAACCUGGAAAAACCUGUGGAACUCAUUCAAGAUUAGUACAUCUGUUGUAGCAAGUCCUACUUGAUUGGUGCAGCUGAAGACUUGAAUGGCACCUGUUUCACUAUCCCUCUUUGGACGAGGAUAAUUGAUGGGCGACUUAAGUGGUAGAAUUUUGGCCAGCGUAGGAAGUUAACCAGCCUUGGAUUUAUUUUCCAAGUUGUAGCUAAUAAUAAUUAUGGGUGGGAGUUGUGAUUAUUUAAUGGAUUUUGGGGGCUAUAUCAUCAUGUCUGUCAUGUGUUUAUCUGUGUGCUGCACGUGUCCUAAGGCCACAUCCCUUUGACACCCAGUGGCUUUUUGCAUGGGUUUUGCACAGUUUACUUUCGAUUUUUUAUUUAUUUAUUUUUUGAAAUACAGCUAGUCUGUAGCAGAAGCAUGUCUUUAAAAAAAUGCAUGUAUGUAAGAUCCAUGCAUGUUAAAAGCAUGGGUAGACCACUGAUGGAGGUUUUUCCACACAGCGAAUGGUCAUUAUGUAAGUUAACCAGAACAACCUUUGCUACUUUGGCUGCCUUGGAUUGUUCAAUUAAAAAUAAUAAACAGAAAGAAGCCAUCUUUUAUCUGGGGUAAUGAUGAUAAAGAACUUAAUAAAAAAAAAAGAAACUUAAAAUUAUGUGCCUGAGUAUUAUUUAUAACACUAAAUGAUGUGCGCAGACUUUCAGUUGUCAGAAAUCAUUACCAAAUACUAAUGUACA